AUGGCGACUCAAGAUCCCCAAGUCAUCUCACAGCUGGUAAAAGUACUGGAGACUGCUAGCAAGGCCAAAAAGGGAGAGACAAAAUUUACUUGCAAAAAGAGCAGCUUUGUGCUGGCCAAUAAUGUGUCCGUGGACUCGUGGAAGUUCCAGGACUGGGACUACAAGCAGGCCGGUCUACCCACUUAUGCACGAGGUCUGUUUACCACCAAACGAAGAGACAAUGUUCCUGAAAUCGCGACGCGCGGAUACGACAAGUUCUUCAACAUAGGCGAGACAAAGGCCACAGAAUGGCGCAACAUCGAGAAAAACACAAGAGGUCCCUACGAGCUGAGUGUGAAGGAGAAUGGAUGCAUUAUUUUCAUUUCUGCUCUAGAGGACGACACAUUGCUAGUCUGCAGCAAACACUCCACAGGACCUCGCGAAGAUACGCAAGUCAGCCACGCGCAGGCAGGAGAACGCUGGACGGAACGCCAUGUCUCGUCCGUAAACCGAUCUGUCAGGGACCUUGCCAGGACCCUGCGCCAGAUGAAUGUUACAGCCGUUGGAGAACUAUGUGACGACACAUUUGAGGAGCAUGUCCUGGCCUACGACGAAGCUUCUUCGGGCAUUUACCUCCACGGUCUUAACUACAACCAGUCUGACUUCAGAACGGUUUCUUGUGAGGAGGUGCACAAGUUCGCUGACGAUUGGGGCUUCAAAAAGGCCAAAUUCGAAGUUUUUGAUGAUAUCUUCAGAGUACAGAGCUUCCUAGAAGGAUGCGCGGAGACCGGCAUGUGGGAUGGACGUGAGACCGAGGGCUUUGUCAUCCGAUGCCAGCUCAGCGACAACGGAACUGAGCCUUAUCGGAAUUGGUUCUUCAAGUACAAGUUUGAAGAGCCGUACUUGAUGUACCGCCAGUGGCGUGAGUGCACCAAAGCUGUAAUCGGAGGGACACAUCCCAAGAUCAGGAAGCAUGAGCAGAUCACCGAAGAAUACUUGCAGUUUGCUCGACGUGCUCUGAUGAAGAACCCAGACAUGGCAGCUGAGUAUAUGAAGAACCACGGUAUCAUCGCUUUGCGGGAAGAGUUCCUCAAGGAACGAGGAUUGAAUGGAGCGGAGAUCAUCGCCCUUGAGGCUAAAAAGGAGAGCGAAUCGAAGGAAAUCAAUAAAAAUCUCAUCAUCGAACCGGUUGCCUCGCUAGGAUGUGGAAAGACAACAAUCGCCUUGGCUCUUGUUAAGCUCUUCGGAUGGGCACAUGUUCAGAACGACAACCUCCCCAAACAGAAGAACAAGUCAAAGAAGUUCGCUUUCGAGGUCAGCCAUGCUCUGGGAGAGCACAAUGUUGUCAUCGCCGAUCGCAACAACCAUCAACGGCGUGAACGCAGGCAGCUCAUGGAGGACAUCUACCCCGUGCUUCCAGAUGCGCAGUUUGUCGCUUUGCACUACGUCCACGAGCCCAAGGCAGAAAUGCUUCCCGCUAUUCGGGAAGUCACUCGAAAGCGUGUGCUAGAGCGUGGGGACAACCACCAGUCCAUCAGGGCUAGCACUAACGCUCAGCAAGAGACCGUCGGAAUCAUGGAAGGAUUCCUCGGCCGCUUCGAGGGCGUCGAUACCACUCGCUUGCCAGACGAGGCGUUCAACCAUGUCAUUGACCUUGACGUGUGCGCCUCGUCUCGUGAAAACCUCGAGACCAUCGUCAAAGCCCUACACGUCGCCUACCCCCGCUUAGUGCCAACCUUGCCAACGGCAGCAGAACUUGAUGAGGCCAUCGAUGCCUCUCUAAAUGACUACACCGUGACAAAAGAUCUCAGCUACAGCUAUGGAGCACCACAGAAGCCAAAGGUCAAGAAAUCGAAAAACCAAGACAACGGCCCCCUCCUCCCCGAUCCAACACAGUUGCCAUUCUCCCCGGAAUCCCUCGCCAAAAAGAUCGAAUACUUCAACAUAUCCCUCCCAACAACCGAAAUAACCUCAAUCCUGCACUCCCUCUUCCCACCAACAACGUCCCCAGAAACAGCCCGUCUCUACAACCACCUCAGAAACUCUCGCCGUCUCCAGCCAACCUUCCACGUAACUCUCAUCCACCGUGCCUCAAAGAAAGAUAACCAGGACACCUGGGAUCAGCUAGCAACCCGCUAUAUCGACAGCCAGACCAAAAAUCCCGUGGAAUACUCAGCCCAGAACCCGCCAACCCUGGGCUCCGCCCGUGUGCGCAUCGAGCGUCUCAUCUGGGACGACCGCGUCAUGGCCUUUGUUGUGCGCAUUCUGCCCGCUGAGGGUGUCGAGACGGCUGAGUCUGAGUGGCCAUGCGCGAAUCCUAUCCCGCAUAUCACGGUCGGCACAGCGGCGCCAGAUGUUAAGCCGAAGGAGAGUAAUGAUCUGCUGCAGCGGUGGGUUGCAGUUGGGUCUGGUGGCGACACGGGGAUCUUUGAGGCCGAAAUUGAGGGUGUCAAGGUUGUCGAUGGUGUUGUUGGAUUAGUGAUGAGUCGGGGGAAGUAUUGA